ACAACGACAACAACGACGACGCCAAAGUAAUCUUGAAAAUCCGGCGGCUUUCGUGCGGUUGCUGAGCUCGAGCUCGAGCUUGCGAAUCCAGUUUCUUCUUCACUCGCACGGCAGACGAACAGCAAAACGGCCACGGAAAAAACGGCGAACGGCAAACUGAAAUUCAUUUGUGUUUUUGGCUCAGUUAUCGCAAGUUACGGACGGGCUAAGCAUUUUCUGUCGGCCAGACCAUGGAACUAGCUUUAAGCAAAACUUCUCUGCCAGGUAACGCUAAUCAUCUGGAUCCGUCGUCCUGUGCCGAUUGCUGCACCGAUUGUGUGGGUUAUAGUUCGAGUGCUUGCUGCACAGCCGCCUGUUGCGGUCCCAACACGUGUUGUGAUGUGAAUUGUGAACUUAUGAGAUCAUCGCCGAUUUUGGAAACCAGAUAUGAGUAUCAUGAGCCAGAGGAUAAUUUUGUGUCCAUAGAUGAUGAUAAGAUUAAAAGUUUAUUGCUGAAAAUUGGACAGCAGCAACAAGAAGAGGAUCGUCUGCGUCAACAGCAACAUCAGCAGAUUAUAGAAUUAAUAGAUGAUGACGAGAGAAACGAUGGAGAUGAGCAAUUUGUGGCGGCCUAUGAAGAUGACGGCAAUAACUUGGAACUGCGGCGUGAAGAAUCGCCCGUGCUUAGAAUAAGCACAGCUCGCAGUUUGCGAAUGUCGAAUACGAUGCCCACAAAGCGUCAAUCGCCAGAUAUUCAGCUUAUACCCAGAGUAUCUCAACUCACACCCGCUCCCGAGCGUCGCAUUGUGGCUGAGAUCGAACUGCUAGAUAGCGAUAGUGAGCAAGAAGACGAUCUUGAAGCGAAUCAACUGCAGGAUGACGGAGAAACGGAUGAUGAUGAAGAGCUGCCGCUAGCGGCAGCGGCUGCUCUCAGCUGUGAGCUACAGUUGCCCGAUGGCGAGUCGGAGGAUAAGAAUGAGGGGCAAGUUAUAGUCCUCCACUCCGAUGAUGAACAGGACAUCAGGCCUGCUGUGACAGGAGCUACAAUGGUGCAAUCAACCCGAAGCUAUGUGAAACGACGUGGUCGUCAUCUAUACGAGUGUCUAGCCUGUGGCAAGAAAGUUCAAUCCAACUACAAUCUGCGUCGUCACAUGAUGAUACAUACAGGUGAACGCCCUUUUGCUUGUGACUUGUGCGAGCGACGAUUCCGUGAGUUCAGCGACCUGAAGAAGCAUCGAAGACGACACGCCAAUGAGCCGCAUUUCUUAUGCAUGAUAUGUCGCGUGCAGACGCCCACGGAACAGGAUUCUACACGAUGUGCGCAGUGCGAGGGCAAAAAUUUGUUACUCAAACCGCAAGUCAAUGUUCCAGGCAGCAGUGGCAGCAGCGAUCAUGUGGGCGAGGCGGGGGCGGAGGAGUACGAAGAUGAUCGUGAUGAUGAAGUCACAGUUGUUGCAGCAACGCCCACGCCCGUAACUCGACAACCAGCAGCAGCAGCAGCCUCGCCAGUACCAGUAAUCACAAUCACGGCUCUGCCAGCGCCGACGGAGCAACCACCGACCUUGCUUGCAAUUCCCACUUUGUUGCCUCUGCCACCGCGCAGCUGCAGCAGCAACUCCUCGUCGGCCAGCAAUGAGGCACUGCCGCCCCCUUUGUCGUCGGCUGCUUCGCAACGUCCACGCCAACGCAGUCGCAAGGCCUAUCCUUGUCCACUCUGUCAGCGUCCCUUCGGCACGCGCCACAAUCUGAAGCGUCACUUCAUGAUACACACCGGCGAGAAGCCCUUCAGCUGUAACAAGUGCCGCAAACCCUUCCGGGAAUGCUCCACUUUAAAGAAGCAUAUGGUGACGCAUGUGCGAGAGCGUUGGUAUAAGUGCCUGCGAUGUCCGCAAAAGUUUCAGGACUAUCUGGACUAUACGGCGCACAAAAGCACGCAUUUGUCCGAACAGAUGGCGACCAGCGUACAUAAGGAACUGUUAGAUAGUGGAGAGGACUCGUUCGAUGGCUGUGAUAUGGACUCCGUGGAGACCUGGCUCGAGUGCUGCGAAUGCAAUCGUCGCUUCACAGAACUGGACUCCUAUACGGAUCACUUGAAGCAACACAAUAAGGAGUUGUACGGCAUGACUAUGGAUGACGAUGAGGAGGAUCAGGAUGUAGAUGUGGCGUAAAAGCAAACAUUUUACUUAUUAAA